AUGGAUCUAGACCUAAAUGUUACACUGGAAGAUCUAGAAGAUCCUGAAGAUGUAGUUCAUCCAAAAGAAGCUCAAGGUGAUAUAGAACAUGUAGAAGCUGCUGCAGUAGAAGUUCACAUAUCUGGUGGCAACACAGGACCAUCAACAGAAACUGAUGUACUUACUGGGAUUACCCUAUCUAGCGAUGAUUCAGGUGGAGAAGAUGAAGUUCAGUCAACUCCAAGUAGCCAGCCAACUGUUGACAAACCAUAUCCAGGGAUGAUGUUUGAUAGUUGGGAGCAAGCUAGAGUGCAUUAUAAUCGGUAUGCUAAGCAUGUAGGCUUUUCAAUAAAGUCUAGUACAUCCAGAAACUCUAGCAUUGAUAAGGAGAAAGACAAAUGUCUAUUUGUUUGCAACAAAAGUGGGAAGAACCCUGAUAUCAAUAGGCUGGAAGCUCCACCAGUGAAACUAAGAAAUCGUGCAAUAACUGUUAAGACUGACUGCAAGGCACGUCUGCGAGUGAAAAGAAGAGGCAAGAAGUGGCAUGUAACAAUGUUUAUAGAAGAGCACAAUCAUCCAUGUGUCAAGAAAUUUUCUUUGAAAAGGUUCUUGAGAUCCCACAGGGGAAUCCCAAAGGAAGAAAGGGACUUCAUCAGGCUACUUCACAAGGUUAACCUGUCAGCUGGAAGAGUGAUGUCUAUUAUGGCAGAGUUGUAUGGCAAGCUUGCUAAUGUUCCAUAUGUGACAAAAGAUGUUAGCAACUUCAUGGCAACACUUGAUGUGCCAGAAACUCAGCAAGACAUGUCAUUGUUACUUGCAGAGUUUGAUAAGGUGAAAAAGGAUGAUCCGCAGUUCUUCUCCAAGAUAGAUGUUGAUCAUGAUCACCGAGUUCGGCGGAUUUUCUGGGUUGAUGGGCCAGCAAGAGCUGCAUACAAGAUUUACAGUGAUUGUUUGUCUUUUGACACUACCUACAUGACAAACAUGUACAGCAUGCCCUUUGCGCCGUUCAUUGGGAUAAAUAGGUAUGGUCAGUCAAUUCAACUUGGUUGUGGGUUCCUAAAAAAUGAAAGGGUGGAAGAUUUUGUUUGGCUAUUUGAGGCAUUUCUUGAGGCGAUGGAUGGUUUGCACCCAACUAACAUCAUCACUGAUCAGGAUGGUGCAAUGAGGAGUGCCAUUUCGGAAACUUUUCCAGAUUCAUGCCACAGGAAUUGUAGAUGGCACAUAAUGCAGAAUUUCCAACCUGUGCUAGGAAAUGACAUGGCUAAGAAUGAAGAUCUACGGAGAGAGUUCAAUGAGAUAAUUGACCAUAGCAUGACAGAAGAUGAAUUUGAAAGAAGGUGGGCAGAAAUGAUCAUCAAGCACAAUGUAGGGGACAACACACAUUUGAAGGACGUCUAUGAUCUGAGAUCCAGUUUUGUCCCUGCUUACUUCAGGGAUAGGUUCUUCCCGUUCCUACAAACUACAGCGCGUAGUGAAGGGUUCAAUGCUGUUUUGAAAAGAUAUGUUAGACCACACAACAGCCUCGUGCAUUUCUUCAGACAAUACAUGAAACUACAAGAGAAAAUUGAAGUUGCAGAAGAUGGUAAUGAAUUUGAAAUGGAAGAAAAAACUCUAAGGAUGUGGGGAGAGUGGCCACUUGAGAAACAAGCUAUACAAGUGUACACCAGGCCCAUCUACCUGCGUUUCAGGGCUGAGAUUCGUAAAGUUACAUCUUACAAUGCAAAUCUAGUUGAGGGACAUAUGUUUGAUGUUGUUCCAAUAACAGGAUCAGUUUAUGGAUAUGGCAAGAGAUCCUACAGGGUGGAAGCUAACAUGCAGGAAUCGACCUACACAUGCGAAUGCUCUAAAAUUAAAAGAGAUGGUUUGUUGUGCUGCCAUGCAUUGCGAGUAAUGGCUCAGGUUGGUGCUGUGGGGUACAUACCGCCGCAUUACAUACUGCCAAGGUGGCAAAUGCCACCAGAUGACAUUGUUACACAGAAAGUAGACUUGCCUGAUGUCCCUAGUGACAGGAAGUUGUCAAUUAAAGAGAGGAAGCUGAUCCGGUAUGGGACACUGUGCAAUGAUUUCACAGACAUAGCUAAAGUAGCAUCCGAAUCGGAUAAAAGCAAGGCUGUAGCUGAUAAGUACAUGUUAGCUUUGUCAAAUGAACUUAAGUCUAUGAAGUUAAGUGAAGCAGCAAAACGAAAAGCUAAACAGAAAAAAGGUGGACAUGUUGAAGAUACGUCAAAAGGUGAGUUUGUUGGUGGCAAUGCAAAUCAAAAGAGAAAGAACAUUGAACAAACAUCCAACUGGGACUUUGUCGGUGAUGAUGGCCAGGGGAGUGCGUCGCAGCAACACAACAUUAGGGACCCUACAGUAACUAAAACUAAAGGACGUCCAGGGGAGAAACGGAAGAAGUCUGGGUUGCACAUAAAAUCUACAAAACCUAUGAAAUGCAGUGGUUGUGGGUCUGAGAAUCACACUUUAGCAUCAUGUCCUUCAAAAAUGUCUACUGCACCAGAACCUACGGAGAUCAACUUUUUCCGCAACAUGGUUUAG